CCGACUCCAUCAAAGUACGAUCAGAAGUAUCCGCUACGCUAUCGCCAAUCCAUGUUACACACAUCGUGAAUGAUUGGGCGCGAGAAAACACACUCAAUAUGGCUCCGUUACGCAGUCGAGCAAAUCGAAAUCAGGGUGACGACGAGACUUCAAUUCUCAAGGGUCUACCUAUUCGACAAUGGCGUUUAACAGAGGAGAAGAUUGGACCACCUGUCGAAGUGAAACCCGAUCUUGGAAAGCAAAUUUUUCCUGAGUUGCCAUUACCACGUGAUUUCCACCUAUUGCCAGAGAUUAGCCAGCAAUUGCUUCGCAAGGCACGAGCCGGCCAGAUCUACCAUUCACCGACACCAGUUAUCAAUGGAAAGGACGAUAAAAGUAAAGCGGGGAGCAAGGAUGCUGAAGGCGUCUUCGUGUCCAAGAAAUGGACACUCGUUCCGCGAGAUAAGGAAGCCGAGGAACCAACCUACCUUGCAAAGCGUAGAAAAGGGCUACCGGCUACCUUUGGUGCAGGAGUCGUUAAUCUUGUUCCACAGACUUCUUACAGGACAACGAAGGUCAAGAAGUACGAUGCUGACGGUAAAUUACACGUGUAUGAAGUGCUUGCGCCGGAAGGGCAACAAGUAGAAGGAGAAAUUGUAGCAGAGGACGAAGCAGCAAAGGCUGCUCCAGUCGAGCCUAUCGCUGCUGCCCCUGGUACCAUCGUGGAGGGUAUCGGUGUGGUCAAUGAGCAAGGUAUUGUUGUCUCGAAUGACUUAUUGGUUCCAACACCACCACGAAGGAAACCACCACCGCCUCGUCGAAAGCCCAAGAAAGGUCCAGGACGAGGUAAAAAGAAAGUGCUAUUUGAAGGCGCAGAAGCCGGUGAAGGCGCGAAUUCCGACGGGACUGCAUCCGGUCUACUCAACCUUCCUGGCAUCGCUUCUGAGAGAGCAGCAGAUUCUGCAGCACCUUCUUCGCAGGGUGACACGCCGAUGCUAGAUGCAGGAGAUGAUGAUGAGGGAUCCGGUUCUGAAGGCGAAGAAGGCGAAGAUGGAGAUGAAAAUCGUGAAGAGGGCGAGUUGUCUCCAAGUCCAGAACCUGACAAGCCUAUUCCUGAAAGCAAAAUCCCCGCCAAUCUACACCUUGAAUCAUCUUCAUCGCUUCCAGCAGAAGUUAAGGAAGAAAACAAAGAUGAUGAUACUGUGAUGAUGGAACGGGCAGUGGAGGACGAGCACAAGCAAGAGCAACAGCAACAGCUGCAGAAUGAAGAAUCCACUAACAAUGAAAUCAUUGCCAAUGGCGAGGAUUAUCCCGACCCCCCUUCAAAACCGUCUCCGGAAAUCGAACCAAAGUCUACAUCUCACUUGCCGACAGCACCGGAACCCAGUGAAUCAUCGUCCGUUGCUCUGGCGGCAUCGCAGGCAAGCUCUUCAGAAGCCCCAACUGCAGUGCCCACAAACAACGCGGACGAUCCUAGGCCGCUGCUUCCAGUGGUUGAGGCCAAAAUGGUGGAAACCGCUCCUCCAGAAACACCGUCGGUAUCGGUGCCACCGGAGCCGGAGCCGGUCCACAUGGUGAAUGCUGCUGGAGGACUUCCAGCUAGUCUCGAAAAAUCUAAAACACCAGAAGUUAAAGCUGAAGCUGACACAGAGGUGAAGAAGGACAAGGAUGGUGAUGUUGAUCUUCUCAAAACGCUGGAAGUUACAGCGGAACAGGCCGCACAAAUGGAAGAGACAAAAGAAGGGAUUUCGGGGUAGAAGCUAGUGCAUGUACUGCUGGAUUCUAUCCUCAUUUACCACGCCGGAUGACGUCGCGACUAUAAAAAAAGCAAACGUGAUCUUGUCGCCCAUCCGUAAGAACGGUUUGCGGAUCUUUUCCACUUUUUUUCAGUAGUACGAUAUGUAGAUGCACUGGCAGUUGCUCAGUACACAGAUCAUCACAAUUUUUAUAGCUUACAAAGGAGAAGUGUAUAGUCAUG